UAAGUUCAAAGGUCGGUAUGAAAAACAAACACAUUGCUGAUUCAGCAUCUCUUGUAUAACACAAAAAAGCCUCAGGAAUUACCGACUAUGCCCUUGUUUGAGCUGCAGAGAAUCUGGGACGCCUGGCCCAACAUCUACAAUCAUCAGGUAUUGAGGGAACUGUUCCGGCAGAUCUCCACUCCCAGUGUUGAGGCUGACGGAGACACGUGUCAUGUGAUCGAUGAUGUCACGGUGAUACCUGGUCAUGUGUUUGUGAGCACUCUACCAAAGCAGUCAAGUUUAACAGACGAAAUAAAUGACGGUAUGGCCCAACUCUAUGCCUUCAGCCGUGUGCCUUUGAGGGAGGAGCCUACAUCACAUGACCAUCACAUGACCCCCUACCUACUGCCGUUGAACAACCAAUGCAAGCGAGUGAUCAAUGUCAUUGAUUUGACUGUUGGGACCUCGCAAAGAAUCCUUGUGCUUCAGGAUUGCGGAAUACUGUCAUCUUUUGAGUAUAACUCGACCAAGUUCGCAUGGGAACUAAGAGAGGAGAUUCCGUUUUCAUCAACUACCGACUAUUCUGUUCACGAGGCUACACUCCACACACCCACUAGUAAACUCGUGUUCGUUGAACACCCACACACCCCUCACACAUCACACUCCUCACAAGUCACAGUCCGAUUACUAGACUACCCCUCAAACGGAUCUGUAGAUCUCGGCCCCCCAAAAGUGAUACUCAGAAAUUCACCUCCUUUCAAACUGACAUGUUUUGAGGAAGGCAUCGCCCUCUUACCCACUACAACCCCGUAUCCUAAAGGACUGCUGUUAUUCUGGACACCUGCUGUGCCUGGUGAGCUGAGUGCUAUGGUGUGGGGCUCACACAGGACACUACCAUCUCUGCUAGUGGGCGUGGCCUCAAGGACCACCUCUUUUAAAACCCUCACCCUGAGGUUGGCCGGAUAUUGGAGCAAAGAUUUGUCUGGGCCGAGCCUGGUUUCCGUGGAUACCAACUCUCAUACAGGACAGCUUUUAGCUCUGGCCAGUGAUGGAACUGUCCACAGUAUAUCAGUCAACAAGCAAGGUUUAAUUGGGACAUCUCAGUUGACACGACUGUCGGAUUUUGCUCAACGAAACCCCUCCCCCUCCGAUAUAUUCACCGCCCCCCACCUCUACACUACGCCACACCUCUUCUGCGUACACACCUACUUUGGCUACUGUCUCAAAGGAGUGCUGAGAAUUUACGAUAAGUUCACUGGAGAGUUUGUGUGGGAGUGUGAUGAUCAUGAGGGGAUGGGGUCAAUGCUGUGGACCACACCCACCACCCCGGAAUUCUGUGGUGUCCAUGGAAACAACGGACUAUGGUUGCUGAGAAGUCAUAAAAUUGUAGAUCAUGCUCAUUUUAUGGCCACAGCUUUGUUCCCAAUAGCCACCAAUGCCGAUGAAACAACUCCUGGUGAAUACCUGGACAGUGGUCAGUUACUAGCUGCUAAACUGUCUCAGCUCUGGAACCUCCACCUCCUCGUCACACGCUACUCACUAGAGGGGGUAUUCGAUGUUGUCAAGGCUAAUGUGGAUGAGAAUGAGGCUAAUGUGGAUGAGAAUGAGUCAGCUGUUAAAGAGUCCUUCCUACCACAGCCACAUCACGAGUUGAUUCGCUUACUGAGUGAGAACUCUGCCCUACAAAAUCCUGCCCUUAUAGUAGCCCUGUUGGCCGGAUACCCAGAGUUCAGACAGCAACUGAGCGAGUGUGUGGGAACAUUCCUUAACCGGUACCAUAGUAACGGCUCGUCCGACAAGGACCUUUUGACUCCACUCAAUGCUGAUAUAGUUCCUUUGUUGGAAGAGUUUCUUCAGUUGUGUCACGAGUUUGAGUCAGGACUAGAGCAACUAGAGCAACCCAAUGACGGUGGUGGGAGUGUGGAUGUUCGUGCUGAAUUAUGUAAACUCCUGAAAAGCUCCGAGUCAGAGAGUGUAUCUGACGGAGAGGUCGAAGCAUCGUCGAGAGCUCUUUUCCAUUCUCUGUGUGCGAGAGACACGGAACAAGCGUUGCUAGGCAUCAGAGAUUUCUUUGAUGUGGACAACUUUGAAAAAGCUAUCGAGGAGCUGGAGGCUGGUAGUUGGUCGUCAACCAGAAAUUGGCGUGGUAUCCUAGCAACCGAGUCUGCCGUCCGAAUUCAACGAAGUUAUAUGAGAGCAACGACCAAUCACCUUCCUCUAUUUGAGGAGACGUGUCGACUACUGUACCGCACCCACCCCUCGGACCUCCUCCCAUUUGUGACAUUUGCACAGCUGGUACGAGAUUUUCAAGCUCAAGGAGAUUCGGCAUUUGCGAGAAAAUGUCGAAAAAAUUUCUUUUUUCAUCGUGCACUCAACGCUCUCCCAAUGUUUGUGUCGCUCAAAACCACACCCACUUCAAAAGAAGCUAUACAAGCGAGGUGUCAAUUACUGUUGCGAAGUGACUAUCUGAACGCACACAUGAGUUGCCUGCAGCUCUUACUAUCCAACAAGUUAUGGUUAGACGCCAUCACUCUGGUGGAGGAACUAAAGAACGAAGAGUCGUCCCACUGCGCACUAUUUCACUGUCUGUUGGUCAGCCUUGCAAAUAAUGGUGUACUUCUCGAGCAUCUCGACCGUCUCUGGACUCUCAUUCCCAACAAGUUCAGUGUGUUCGAUUUUGUGGGAGCUCUGAAAAUGGCUGUGAGAGGAGGCGAGGAAGACACACCCCUUGUGGCGGAGGACGUCCAUCACCUCACUGUCGCUUCUAUUGGCUCUAAAGUUCUAGACUUGUUGAAACAGACAAAUCUCGAACACCUGAACAGAUAAACUGGACUUGUCAUUAGAAUUAUAGAAUGCCCUGCAUUUACUAAACAUGUACUGCAAUGUACGAGUUAUUUUCCUGUUUUAUAUUACGUGUGUGCACUGUUUCACGUUCAACUUUUGACUGACAAUAAUAAAUUAUAUAUACACGUUAAAUAA